UAAAUGGCAACCUUAAGUGUAAGAGAAGCUUUAUGCACAGCAAUUAGAGAAGAAAUGCAAAACGACUCUGAUGUGCUUAUCAUGGGUGAAGAAGUUGCAGAGUAUGAUGGUGCUUAUAAAGUAACGAAAGGAUUACUGAAAGAGUUUGGAGAAAACAGAGUAGUUGAUACGCCUAUUACCGAACAUGGAUUUGCUGGCCUUGCUGUUGGAGCGGCAUUUGCUGGAUUAAAGCCAAUAGUCGAGUUUAUGACUUUUAAUUUUUCUAUGCAAGCUAUUGACCAAAUUGUGAAUUCCGCAGCAAAAACAAAUUAUAUGUCAGGCGGACAACUUGGAUGCCCUAUAGUAUUUCGUGGACCAAAUGGCGCUGCAGCAAGAGUUGCUGCACAACAUUCUCAAUGCUUUGCAGCUUGGUAUUCGCAUAUACCGGGGUUAAAAGUAAUAGCACCCUAUUUUGCCUCAGAUUGCAGAGGUCUGCUUAAAGCUGCAAUUCGUGACCCUAAUCCGGUAAUAUUUCUAGAAAACGAAAUAGCUUAUGGACAUGAGCAUGAAGUUUCUGACUCUGAGCUAUCAAACAAAGAUUAUCUACUUGAGAUAGGCAAAGCUGCUGUUAUACGGGAAGGAAAGGAUGUAACUAUCACUGCUUUUUCAUUAAAAUUAAUGGAUGCCUUAAAUGCAGCAGAUUUACUUUCGAGUGAAGGUAUAGAAGCUGAAGUUAUUGACCUCAGAACCUUAAGACCACUUGACACUCAAACUGUUAUUAACUCUAUUCAGAAGACUAAUAGGUUAGUUAGUGUAGAAGAAGGAUGGCCAUUUGCAGGAAUAGGAGCAGAGCUGUCAGCCGUUGUUAUGGAACAAGGAUUUGACUACCUUGAUGCUCCAGUUGUACGUGUAACUGGCAAGGACAUCCCCUUACCUUACGCUGCAAAUCUAGAAAAAAAAGCAUUACCGCAAGUGGAAGAUAUAGUUGAAGCCGUGCAUCAGGUCUGUUUUAGAAAAAAAUAGUUCUUUUUUGU